UUCCGGUCGCUAUUAUGUAGUUUUGCUUUACGGCAGUUGUGACCAACCUGAAGUCUCCCUGCUGGCUGCAGUUAUUUGUAAAGUCAGGUGAUGUUUUCAACCUGAAGGCAAACAAGAAGCGAAAUGACCGGAGAGAGGUCGCAGCAGCGGAAGGAUACGACGAGAAGCACGAUGCGACAAACAAGAGCACACUGCCAGUAGUGGUCGUCCUCCGCGCUAGCUACCUAGCUAACCUAAGCUAGCCAGGAGCUCAUGUUUUGAUGUGACAGACUACCAUUUCCCACCGUUUAUACACAGUGAAACACACAAUGUGGCUACAGCAGAGACUCAAGGGGCUACCGGGCUUGUUAUCGAGCAGCUGGGCGAGAAGACUCCUUAUAGGACUGCUGCUCUUCCUCAUCUUCUACUGGUACCUGGGAGCCGAGCGCAGAGGGAGGUUCUUCAGCGGCUCGGUCAUGCCCGGUGGAGCGGCGGGACAAUGCCUACUGGCGGAGAUCCACAGGUGGAAGUCUCUUGUGGACCGGGGAGAGGGGAUAUACAGCACACCUCAGGACAAACUAGACACACCUUUCGUAUCGGGUAACGGCCAUAUUCUUAUUGACAUCGACUCGAACAAACUGUGGGUGGCGUCGUCUUCACAGCCCGGCUCGGCUCCGGUCCACCAGACGGAAUACUCCCCUAGAGUCGGUAUCCAUCUCGAGGGGAAGCGUGUCGAGGCUCAGGCUACCAUGCUGUGGUUCCGGAAAGGAGCCGUGCUGUCGGUCCGCUGCGCUUCGUCCGCCGCCCUGCAGUCCGCCCGGGACUGUGUCACCAUCAGAGAGGAGUUCAUCGCGCACAGAAGCAGACCCAACGUCUACCUGCAGCGAAUCCACAUCAGCAACCCGUCUGACAAGGCGGCCUCCUUGGACGUCUUCUAUGACAACCCCGCCUUUGGAAGCAAGUUCUCCACCAGUGUGGAGAAACUAGAGGACAGAGAGGUAGUUCUCUCCUCUGGCAGAGUGCCUGUGGAGAAUAACCGGAUGGUGCUGGUGGUGGUGGUCUCCAAGAAAGUGAACAGCAGGCUCCAGGUCCCCGCUAAAGUAGAGCACACAGACAACAUCCUGUCAGUGGUGUGGACCUCAGAGCCCAUCGAGCCCUCCAAGCUGGAGGAGACCUUCAGCACCCUCAGAGAUGGAGCCAAAAAGGAGCUGGGGGAGCUGCUGAGGGCGAAUGUGGAUGAGCUGGUUGUAGAUCACCAGCAGGCCUGGAUGGACCUCUCCAUUUCAGGUGUUGAAAUGAGGAAAAUCACAGACUCCCACACGCCAUCGAGCCGCACGGUGAACACCACCCUCUACUACAUCCUGUCCUCCUCCAUGGCUCCACUGCUGGAUCGGAGACUGAGCGGCGAGGAGCGCAUCCGCCUCGAGUCCAGCCUCAAGUACGCAGACCACUGCUUCAGCGGCCACGCCACCAUGCAUGCAGAGAACCUGUGGCCCGAGCGGGUGAGCAGUGCAGCUCAGAUCCUGCAGCUGGUCACGCUGUGGACUCUGACCCUGCAGAAGAGAGGCUGCAAGGUGCUGGUGGCGGCCGGAGCCCACGGCGCCAUGCAGGGCAUGGUGCUCAGCUUCGGCGGCCUUCAGUUCACCGAGAACCACCUUCAGUUCCAGGCUGACCCGGACGUGCUACACAACAGCUACGCCCUUCGAGGGAUCCACUACAACCAGGACCUCAUUAACCUGGCAGUACUGCUGGACGGGGAGGGAAAGCCUUUUCUCCACGUGUCCGUGAAGCCACAGGAGAAACCGGUGAAGCUGUACGCCUGCGAGGCCGGCUGCCUGAACGAGCCUGUGGAGCUGACGUCCGAGGUCAAAGGUCACACCUUCCCUGUGAUGGUGACGCAGCCCAUCACACCGCUCCUGUACAUCUCCACAGACCUGCGCCACCUGCAGGAUCUCCGCCACACCCUGCACCUGAAGUCCAUCCUGGCCCACGAGGAGCACAUGGCCAACAGCUCAUCUACAACGAAUACUGUGGCCCCGGUGCUAAGCCCCUCUUCAGGAGCAAGGUCGCCCGCAAAACUGAAGAUGCCUGCGACACCAGCAAUGCUGCCUGAGCUACAGGGCUCUCACACAUUCAACUUGUUGGCAGCAUGGGAGCCAUUAACAUGGAAAUCUGCUUCUUUUUCUGCUGCUGUUUAUUGAUAGUGACACAUCAGAUACUGAGCAGUGAUACCCCUACAGAACCCGACGGCUCAGUCACAGGAAUCUGUUUAACUGAGCUUGAUGAUUGAGCUUCAAUGUAUUCACCCUUCAAAAAUCAUAAAAGUGGUGUUCACUUGUGAAGAUUAUCUUUCUAUAAUCCAAUGGAAGAAUCCCAUUGGGUGGUUGUGGAGGGAACUUCCUGUUGGACUACACGUAUGCAUCAUCCCUUCGGCUCUCUAUUGCUUUCUGUCCCUUUUAUUGUCAGGGUUUAGUUUGUAUACAAAGAAGUUUGUGCGAUGUGUUUCUUGCUGUUUGGGCCACACUGAAAGUCCUCCAUCCUAGAAGAGCUGGUUGUGACCUGUGUGUAAAGUAAAGCCCACUGAUGCCUUUCGUGUUCCUGGGUGAUGGUGAGAAACAUUUGAAGGAAUGUAAUCCCUACACACAGGGCUUCAAUAUAAGUUGCAAAACAUGAAAGUUACCAUGGUAACAACAAUGGUGGUCCCCACGUUGCCCCACAGUAUAUUCCUAAAUUAUCGGUGACUGCCGGCCAGUUGGUUAUUUUGACGCAGGAAGAUGAAGCCUGUGGUACACGCCCACGUGAUCAUACGUGUCAGAGGCCUGAAAGUCAUGACUCAUCCUCUUUAAUUAAAGCCCGCUUCACUCAUUUAAUGCUGACGCUCAUUUAAACAUUUGCUCAAUCAGCUUUUUAUCUGCUUGGUUUCAUUGGUUGCAGUAAUAUUAAUAUAUUGAUAAUCAGUCAUUUCUUAGUUGUGUGAAUACUGCAGGAUCACUAAGACGAUCAACCAUCUUAUUUAAAGGAGAACAAACUAAGUGGAUUAAAACUAGUUUUUUCUUCAUUAAAUAUUUUUAAAUUCUGAACUAAACUGAUGACUGAUCCAUUUAUAUACCAUGUUAAAUAUGUGGGUUGUUAUUGGUUGUUCCUCCUGGCUCAGAGAUCAAGUAAUGUGAUUAUGCAGCACAAAGAGCUUAUUAAAUAUAGAUAAGGCACACAUAUUGUCUUAGAUUUCUUUUGUCAACAUGUAUGAUUUACAUGUGCCCUGAUUGUUUCACCGUCAGUGUGUGGGCUCUACUUCCUGUGAACUACUGAGUGCCUUAAUGGAGAAAGAAGUUAAUUUAUUGAGUUCAUGGCUACAGUCAUCUUGGAUUGUACUUGAAUGGUUUGUAAUCAUGUUGAAUUCAAAUAAAUAAUUAAAUUCAGUUUUACAUUUGAGAGAAUAAAUCAGUGAAAUACUGUGAGAACA